AAGAAUAUUAUCAGAUUUUUAUGGUUGUGACUUGCCCAAUAUUUUCAUCUGAUAAGAAGGGGUAUAAAUUUGGCCCGGUUAGUAGGGAAAAUUCAUACAUCGUUCGACUAGCCAUCAUGAAGGUCUUCGCUGUUUUGCUUCUGGCUGUAGCCACCGCCUCCGCUGGAGUCCUGCCCAAGGCUGCUCCUCUCCACCCCCGUGACAGGACUGCCUCGAUCCAGGGUCGCAUAACCAACGGAAAGGAUGCCGUGGCCGAUCAGUUCCCCUACCAGGUGGGACUUAGCUUCUCUAGCUCCAAGGGCGGCUGGUGGUGCGGUGGCUCCAUCAUUGCCGCCAACUGGUUGGUGACUGCUGCUCACUGUACCGAUGGUGCCGAAUCAGUGACUGCCUCGUACGGAGCCACCGUGCGUACCAGCCCCAAGUUCACCCAGACCAUCUCCAGCUCGGACUUCAUCCAGCACGAGAGCUACGUGUCUUUGGUCGUCCGCAACGACAUUUCCCUGAUCAAGACCCCCACCAUCUCUUUCUCUGCCGCCGUCAACAAGAUCGCCCUGCCUGCUAUCGCUAGCAGCUACUCCACCUACGUUGGCCAGACUGCUGUGGCCUCCGGUUGGGGCCUGACUUCCGAUUCCGCCACCGCCGUCGCCUCGCAUUUGCAGUACACCGACCUCACCGUCAUCACCAACGAGAUAUGCUCUGAGACCUAUGGCACUCUGAUUGUCAACGCCCGUGUCAUCUGUGUGGGUACUCCCAAUGCUCAGUCCACCUGCCAGGGUGAUUCUGGUGGUCCUCUAGCUCUGGAUGGCACUCUGAUCGGCAUCACCUCCUUCGGUUCCGCUGCCGGCUGCGAGUCUGGAGCCCCGGCUGCCUUCACCCGUGUUACCUACUUCUUGGACUGGAUCAAGGCCAACUCCGGUGUCGUUGGUUAAGGUCCGAAAUCCUUGAACAUAUUAAUGCAUAUUAAAAUUAAAAUCGCAACAAA